GUGAGAGGGAGGGAGAGGAAGGGAGGGAGGGUCCAGAAAGAGAGAAAAAGCAAGAGGAAAAGAACAGGAACAGGCAAAGAAAGGAAAUAUGAGAAGGGGGGAAUUCUGAGGCGAAGAAGGAGCGGAAGAAAGUUUUUGUGAGAGAGGGAGAGAGAGAGAGAGAGAGGGAGAGGGAGGGAGAGAAAGAGAGAGAGAGAGACGAAGAAAAGAGCAGAUGAGAAAACCAGCCCAUGCGAAUGGCUCAGGCGGGAAGUGGGAGGAAAAAGCUCAAUCUUUAAGGAGUUUUCUUCUGGCGACCGGACUGUUUACAUCAUGUUCGCAGACAGCAGACCGCUGGGGCAGCAGAGAGUUUCUCAGCGCGGUAACGCUCCCCAGCACUGGCUUCAGAACGGGGUCGUGGUCCAGAGGGAGUUGGUACGUAGGGGGCCGAGCGCGCAGGCGGAAGCUAGCCCCUUCCCGCCAGACAGAAGGCGAGAAACGGGGCUUACACCGCCAGAGGGAAAGGGAAAUUCCCACGUGAGGGGAAGGAUUAACGCUAACUUUGACGAACGGAAUCUGCAGAGGAGGCUGCCUCUCACCGAGCAGAAACACGCUACGCAGCCAGAGCCCGUUAGCCAGAGCGGCCCACGGGACUCCAGCUCCGCCGGGCGGAACCAGGCUCCAGAACUACGGCAGAAACACGGCUCGUCUGGGAGGGAGCCCCUCAGAGAAUGUGUCUGCUCCAGCCACGGCUACCAAACACGGCCACACCCCUCUGGAAGGAAGUAUGUGCCGCCCCCUCCAACUGGGUUCAAAGGUCAAGAAAGCUACGGAGUGCCUGGCUGUGUGGUGGAGAGGCAGUUUUGUGGCUGUGGAAGGGAGAGCUACCACAGGGGUUCUCGUAUGUCUGGGCAGGCACAUGCAGCAACACGCAAUUUCAACAGGCAGCAUGGCUCAAAUUCCACCUUUAUACAUGGACAGGAAUAUAGCAACUAUAAGCACGGCCUUAGAGAUUUGCCCAGGGCAAAGAAUGGACAGGAACAGGGCUGCAAUGGGCCCAGCUCUACCCAGGGGCUUAUCUUCCCAACUGAAGUUCCUCAAAGAGAGCUGGACUAUGGCAGGCAGAGAAGUUUGUGUUGGCCAGGUGGUAAUGUGACACACAUCCAAAACAAAUGCCCCAGCAAAGAACUGGGACAGAAGAGCGAUCCGGGCACUGACAGGCCAAAGAUAAGCCAGGCGGCGGUACGGGACCAAAUACGACGGGUGGUUGUGGACCUGGAGGGGGUUUUAGGGGGCCUGAAGCAGGUUCAUCUUGAGAUGAAGGAGGUGGUCCAACAGAUUGAGCUGCUGACCUCCAACAUUGACCUUGGAGAAGAGGAUCCUAGCAACAGUCUCCCAAGUGACACUCUUUACAGCAGCAGCUCCAGUGGGGUCAUGGUGUCCAGUCACGGGGGGGUGGGAAGCCAUCAGCUCAAGCAGGUGGACCCUUCGUGCGCCUCCCUCAGAAACACCCCCGCUCAUUCGAACCCCCCGGCGCUCAAUCCAUCCGUCAUUGUGGCCAACCAGACAGUGGUGACGGGCCCACGAGGAGACCCCCCUCAGGAUCGGACAUGUGCGCCUCCCACGAUGGGCGUUCCACCAGCAAGCCUACCCAGGGACCCAGGUCAAGAGUCUCAGAGCGGGAUGGUUCAAUUGCGCCCCGCCCUUCCCAAACCGGCCUUCCGGAGCCAGAACCGGCAAGCAGACCACGGGCCUGGAGGAACUACUUGCCGAAGCAAGAAACCACCGCCGUACCCCCACAAUGGGCAGAUGGCAAAGACGGGGAAGGGGAGAGAUUCCAUUAAGGCACCCCCCUACCCUGCGAAACGCAGACUGCUCUCCACCAUGGUGUGAGGGGGGCAGUGGACGGCAUCCGUGGGCUCUGGAGCAGGCAGCGAGAAGGGCCUUGCCAGCUGGUGGAAGAGCCAGAGAACCCCAAGAAGCAGGCAGCUCACGUGACACUAGAUGGUGUAGGACAAGUGCACCACAGUCAUUGAUGACGCUGAAGAAUUCUGUACAGAAAGGCUCAUAUCCGCUGUAGAAAGGGAACAACGUCAGCAAGAAGAGAUUAUGAGAGGUGCGACCCAAAGGAACUGUAAUUUCAUCCUGGCAGUGGAGGCGUUUUAAAGACAGCUCUCUGGGACCAAGGAGUAUGACAGAUGACCACCUCUGAACAGGAGAAUUUUAACCCACUGUUUAAAAAGAAAAGGCUCAGCUUGACUAAACUGUAAUCUGUGCACUCUCUGCAUUCCAACAGACCACGUAUGGUUUCUGAAACUCUACAAAAAUGUACAUUAUAUCCAGUGUAGCUUACAUCCAUUUCAGAAGUUUGGCAUGGCUACUCAUCCAUUAAAUUAACCUUUUCUAAAAAAGAAUCUCUCAGUGCCUCAAUGUCAGUUACUCGCUGCCUAUCAUUUUGUGCGCUUACCAGAAAAGUACUUUUUUACAUGUGUUAAGAUGAAGAAGUAAGAGAAAGCCAUGUUUCUGAGCAUGCCUGGAGACUAAUUCACAUUCAAGCUAAAGAAUAUAUAUGUACAGGAUAACAGGACAAGGUCCAGUGGAGCUAGGAGAGGGUAAAUCCAUCACACGGCUGAAAUGUUCAGCCCAGUAAAACCAGAGGAGCUGGCUGGCUACUGUACAUCCGCUGGGGCCGCAGAAAUGCAGAUGCAGAAAGAACAUCUGUUCCCUCUCUUAUCUGCUAGAGACACGACCCUGUUCAGCUUCCCGUUCAACUUCUGUCACCUUUGGUCAUGAAUAUUGAGAUGGCUCACCGUUCCCGGAGCGGGCAGGUAAAUUGCACAUGCAUAAUUAAGAACAUAAAAAUAUAUAAUUAAAGGACAGCUCCAUCCAUUCAGCCCAUCUAGGCUCCCCAUUAUGUAGUGCCCGACGGCUUCCAUUUUACAUGGCAGAAUAGCCCAUACAUCAUGUAAACAGCAAGGGUGGAAGAAAGAUUAAGAGAGUUCGGUUACAUGCCAUUUCCAUCUAUGAUUGGACUUACAUAUGCGGUGACAUGUUCAAUCUUGGCUCCUUUGAUUUCAGCCUUAAACUGUGUGAAAAACAGGUAGGAUUUCCCUUGGGGCCUAAAUAGAGGAACAGACAGGAUGUAAGAGCAAGCCCUGUCCAAACACCAAAUUCGAAGGGAAGUAUAAGCAAGACAGGCUAAAAAGUGCGACAGGAGUUAAAUAUGCGAGUCGACAAGAAAGAUGACUGUGAUGAAAACAAUCUUACAUUGUAAAACAACCAUCAUUACAACACAGGCACACAGGAUCAUAGUAAUGUAAAUUUCUCAGAGUGUUGUGCUUGGAUGUGAAUGUGUAGAGGACACCAGUUCUUACCUCCACAGAGAGCAGGAGAAAUGGCUUUCAUCAUCACUCAGACCCACACUCAUUUGCCAUUGCUGUGCAAACAUGUAAAAAUCAGUCUCUCUAUCAAACAGCCAUGGUUUGUAUCCUUUAUACUUUUUUUAUUUUUAUAGACACACAUUUUACCCAUGUUGCUACAUUUGUAAAAAAUGGCUUGUUUUUAAAAGUGUACUGUAUCCAAAUUGUAUCCAAGAUCAUUUCAGUGGAAUCUUGAUGAUUACCCAAUUAUCACACAAAUAAAAAGUUCAAAUACUGCCUGA